AUGCCGCCUUAGGUUUCAGGUUGCCUAUAAAUAAGGUUCCCUCGUCUAAAUUAUUUCCACUGAAUUCAUAACAUCGUAACCCUUAAGAAGCCUUCAAGGGGGAAAGAGAGAGAAAGAGAGAGUUCCUUGUUCCGCCGCUGCAGAAAGGUUUUCUUUUCCAUUCGGAGAAGUGGGAGAAAAAUUUCUGCAGCAGCUUUUAGUUAUAUUCUCAUUUUCACUUAAUUUCCAUAACGUUUCACUCUCAAAAAAAUGGCUCGUUCAUUCUCCAAUUUUAAAAUUGUAUCUGCUUUCGUUGCCAAUAAAGUCUCUGCUGCUUCCACCGGGCGUGGAUACGCAGCGGCAGCACAGGGCGGCGUGUCGAAGAGCCUGAGUAGCGGAGGGGUGGCGCCGAACAUGAUCUUGAAGAAAGGGGUGGAGGAAUCCGGCAAGAGUACUUCAUGGGUACCGGACCCAGUCACCGGAUAUUACCGACCGGAGAAUCAGGCGGCGGAGAUUGACGCGGCGGAGUUAAGGGCAUUGCUUUUGAAGAAUAAAAUCAGUGCACACUAAUCAAAAGUUUAGUGGAUCGGACUUUUGGCGAGGGAGCUGCUUGAAAAUGGUGGACUUUGUCAAGAAAAAAUGUCAAUGUGUUUGUGGCUCUCUGUGUUCCUCAUGUUCUGUGUUAACUUUUUCUCAUUUUAAAUAAAAUGUUUCUAGUUUUAUUUUA